AUGUCAGACACCACGCUCUCGCCCAGACUCCGACACCUGUUGAUCAAGGACGACAAUGCGCCCAUCGCUAGCCUUCCGCCCAUCCGCGCGUACCCCUCUCCUACACGUCCUCGAUUCAGUACCCGCCCCAGCUCUGGAAUCAUGCUUCCGCCUGUAUCGCCCACGAGCGACGGGCAGGGUUGGUCGGCGUCAGACUCGCCUCCCUCUUCUCACUCGCAGCAACGUCCUUCAACCUCUCCGUCUACACCAUCGCACUUGAUUCUGCCGCACCCAAACAGACGGAGCAACAGCAUCAUGGCGCUGUUGAACUCGCAACCUCCAUCGCCAACGCCCUCAUCCAACAACUCCUCGGCCGGCUCUGUGAUUCGGGCAGAGCCAGAAUGGCAGCGACCAAGUCUAUCGUAUCCGCGACGCCCGCCUCCUGCGACGUUUCCAACCAUUGAACAAUCUAGCUCUGCAGCGUACUUUGACGAGCGCCCAUCCUUGCCUCCCACACCUGGGUCAUACUACCAGUCCAUGUCUGCCGACGGGUCAUCCGACGAAAGGCCUACCGUCUACCGGCGACAUUCGUCGCAUCCUUAUGAACGGUAUGACCGUUCUGUGUAUGCCCCUCCCUACCACCCUCCAGUGCACCGGCAUUCUACCCCUCACCACACCCUGCCGCCCUCAACGAGCCUGAUGUCUCCCCCAUCGGUGCCUGUGUAUCUCGAUGGUACGCGUCCGAGCCCUUACGAUGACUUUCGAAUCAUCAGCACGGCAUCGCGGGCUCCCAUCUCGAGAACAACCAAGGCUUGCAACUCUUGCAGGAGCAGGAAGGUGAGAUGUGAUGCGGGAGCGGCGAACGGGGGUGUAGCAACUGGAAAGGAACCGUGUAUGAGGUGUAGGGAGAGUGGCCUGGAAUGUGUGUAUUCCACAGUACAGAAGAAGCGCGGACCGUGUCCUGGGACCGCGAGGCCUUCCGUCAGCAAGUCUCGACGAUCAUCCAGUCAAUCGCGCCAGAGCCGGUCCCAAGCACGCGGCUCCAUGUCUUCAAAGCCACAACUAUCCCCCAUGGCAUCCCAUCGCUCGAGUGUCGCCUCUUCCAGAAGCAUCCAGGAUGUGGUCACUCCGGAGGACACGCCAUGGUCUCACACCCCACAUGGGUAUGGGUUCCCUUUCCCUGCCGCCUCCAAUGGUGUUCAGGUGCAGGGGUACGACUGGCAUGCUGCCAAUAGUGGGGCUGGGAGCGACAAGAUGCCACCCGCUUGGACGGGAGCGCAGGUUGGACCGAGAGGUUCAUAUAGCACCACUCCAUGGGAUGAGAGGAGAUGGUCUGCGGAAGGAGGUGUCAGGGGGUAUCCUUAA